UCCUGGCAUUAGAGAAUCUCUCUUAGCUGUUGUGGCGGACUCUGCAGACUUACGCCCAUUAUCGUCUUCCUGACUCCUCCUCUCCCCAGCAUCAUUUUCUCUCUGAAACAACAAUGGCUGCGAGUCUCUCCUUCCACCAAUUCUCGCCGCAGACAUUUCAGGCGAGAGACUGGAGAAGGAAAUUCAGCCCUGCUGUUAAUUUGAAGUCCAAUGGGAAUUCCGUGGUUAGUUGCUCGGCGUCGGGUAAUGGGAGAGGAGCUCCCGGAGAUGAUGCGGUGAAGGAUGUGGAGAGGCGUUUGGAAGAGAAGCGUAGGGCGGAGCUCUCGGCGCGAAUUGCUUCCGGAGAAUUCACAGUCGAGAAGCAAAGCUUUCAAUCGCAACUCGAAAACGGUUUGUCGAAACUGGGCUUACCGAAAGAGAUAGUUGAGUUCAUAGUCAAUGUCACCGGGGGUUCAGGGGACUAUCUGAAGAUUCCUGAGGCAAAAGGAUCGAUAGGCGCCAUCAGAAACGAGCCGUUUUUCGUGCCAUUGUAUGAGCUUUACCUAACUUAUGGUGGAAUUUUCAGGCUAACAUUUGGUCCUAAGUCGUUUCUAAUAGUAUCGGAUCCUUCAAUCGCCAAACAUAUAUUGAAAGACAAUCCAAAGUCUUAUUCGAAGGGAAUUUUAGCUGAGAUUUUAGACUUUGUAAUGGGAAAAGGACUUAUACCCGCUGAUGGGGAAAUAUGGCGUGUUAGAAGACGUGCUAUAGUGCCUGCGUUGCACCAGAAGUUUGUGGCUGCAAUGUUUAGCUUGUUUGGAGAUGCGACUGAUAGACUAUGCAAAAAGCUUGACGCUGCUGCAUCUGAUGGCGAGGAUGUUGAGAUGGAGUCUCUCUUUUCCCGUUUGACAUUAGAUAUCAUUGGGAAAGCAGUAUUCAAUUAUGAUUUCGACUCUUUAAGUGUCGAUACUGGAAUUGUUGAGGCUGUUUACACUGUUUUACGAGAAGCAGAGGACAGAAGUGUCGCGCCAAUUCCUUUCUGGGACAUUCCCAUAUGGAAAGAUAUUUCGCCAAAGUUGAGGAAGGUUAAUGCUGCCCUGAAGCUAGUGAACGACACAUUAGAUGACCUGAUUGCAAUUUGUAAGAAAAUUGUAGAUGAAGAAGAACUGCAGUUCCAUGAGGAGUACAUGAACGAACGAGAUCCUAGCAUUCUUCAUUUCCUAUUAGCAUCUGGGGAUGAUGUUUCAAGCAAACAACUCCGUGAUGAUCUGAUGACAAUGCUCAUAGCUGGGCACGAAACAUCUGCUGCUGUGCUGACAUGGACAUUUUAUCUUCUUUCACAGGAGCCUAGUGUGAUGGCCAAGCUUCAAAAAGAGGUCGAUUCAGUUCUAGGUGACCGAUUUCCAACUGUCGAAGAUAUGAAGAAGCUAAAAUAUACAACUAGAGUUAUCAAUGAAUCAUUGAGACUCUAUCCACAGCCUCCUGUUCUAAUCCGCCGUUCCCUUGGUGAUGACAUGCUUGGGAAGUACCCGAUUAAAAAGGAUGAGGAUAUAUUCAUAUCUGUGUGGAAUCUGCACCGUUCCCCUCAUCUCUGGGAAGAAGCCGACAAAUUUAAUCCUGAAAGAUGGCCUUUAGACGGCCCUAAUCCAAAUGAGACAAACCAGAAUUUCAGCUACUUGCCAUUCGGGGGAGGGCCAAGAAAGUGUAUCGGAGACAUGUUUGCAACGUUCGAGACUGUUGUAGCAGUCGCGAUGCUUGUCCGUAGAUUUGAUUUCCAGCUCGCAAUUGGUGCCCCUCCAGUCAAGAUGACUACUGGCGCAACUAUCCACACCACAGAAGGUCUGAAAAUGACAGUUACGCGAAGGCAGCGAGCUCCUGUGAUCCCGAACCUGGACGUCUCGACUAUGAGUGUGGACUCGCCACCAAACACUCAAGAGGCAGCCUCAAUUUCUUAGAGAGAGAGAGAUAUUAGUGAAUCUGCACUUUGUUACUUCAACUACUCCAAACUCUAUAUAUAAAUGAAUACAUUACAUGUGUAUACACACAUUUUUAUA